AUGAGCAACCGCCGCCAUCACCACACGGAGGACAGACACGACUCUCACCGUCGCAGUUCCAGCCGCCACCGCACCCCUCCCCGAGUUGUCUUCGCCCAGCACCAACAUCCGAGGCACCGGCCCAAUCAAGUGGAUCCCGUCGACAGCCUCGCCUUCCGCAAUGCCCUUCUCCGUGCCUGCGCCCGCUUCAAGGACGUCCUCGACCGCGUGCAAAAGGAGGGAGUCUGGCCAGAUGCGCAACGGUACAAUAGCGUUGUGGAGAGGGUAACAUACUACGCUUUAAAGCUCUCCGCCGACGACUGUAGGGAGGAGCUGAAGAAGGAGGAUACGCAAAAGGCGAUGAUGUGGUCGAAACAUCUCCUUCAGAUGAAUGAGUUGUUGAGGAAUCAGUCUCAUGAAAGGCGGAACAUGCGGAAUAGGUAUAACCACCGUGGUCAUGAGGGGCAGGGAGAAGGCAGUAGUGGGAAUUGGGCUGACAAUGGGUGGACACGGGUACAGGGAUAUCAAGGCGACACGCCGCACGUGAGGCUGGUGAAGGUGGAGACUAUGCCAGAGGGAUUCAUACCGCCAGGAUAUUAG